AUGAGAUACAAGAACUUUGUGAACCACUCGACGCUGGUCAGCACUUGUGGUACCCUGCUGGCCGUUUGGGUUCUUUUCAGGCUGCUUUUUUCGUCCUCGAGCUCAUUCAGUCUCAAUACACUGCCGUUCUUCAAGCCAUUUGUACCAAAUUUUAAGAAUGUUCCUGGUGUAGAAUACUAUGAUCUGCGAAAUUACCAAGGUGAUAGAGAUGGUUGGCAGAGGGGCAACAGGAUCCUGUUUUUGGUUCCAUUAAGAGAUGCAGCUCAACAUUUGCCUCGGUUCUUCGGCCACAUGAGUGAACUGAGUUACCCACAUAACCUUAUAGACAUGUCAUUCUUGGUGAGUGACUCUUCCGAUGAUACCAUGGGUGAAUUAUUGCACCACUUGCAAAUUGCACAGUCUCAGAAGGAUCGCAAUAAGCGAUUUGGAAAUAUUGAAAUUUUUGAGAAGGAUUUUGGUCAGGCCAUUGGUCAAUCCUUCUCCGAUAGACACGGUUUUGCAGCUCAAGGGCCCAGAAGAAAGCUCAUGGCUCGUGCUCGUAACUGGCUAGGGUCCGUGACACUGAAACCAUAUCAUUCGUGGGUCUACUGGAGAGAUGUGGAUGUGGAGAUUGCACCAAUAUCGAUCAUGGAAGACCUAAUGCACCAUGAUAGAGAUGUCAUUGUGCCCAAUGUGUGGAGACCGUUGCCUGACUGGCUGGGGAACAUCCAGCCAUAUGAUCUCAACUCGUGGAAAGAAUCUGAAGCCGGUAUUCAGCUGGCCAACACUUUAACCGACGAGGACUCUGUCAUCGUUGAAGGAUAUCCUGAGUUUGCCACUUGGAGAACACAUCUUGCCUACAUGAGAGACCCUAACGGUAAUCCUGAGGACGAAAUGGAAUUGGAUGGGAUUGGUGGUGUCUCUAUUUUAGCAAAGGCUAAAGUUUUCAGAACAGGUUCCCAUUUCCCAGCUUUCUCCUUCGAAAAGCAUGCCGAAACCGAAGCAUUUGGCAAAUUGUCCCGUAGAAUGAAUUAUAAUGUUGUCGGGUUGCCUCACUACGUCAUAUGGCACAUCUAUGAGCCUUCGACUGAAGAUCUAAAGCAUAUGGCUUGGAUGGCCGAAGAAGAGAAGAGGAUUCUGGACGAAACAAGGUUACGUGAGUUUUACGACAGAAUUUGGGAAGUCGGUUUCGACGACGUCAGAAUGGACUGGUCAGACGAGAGACAGUCUAUUUUGAAGAACCUGGAUCAUACCGAAGCCUACGAAAACCAAAUCGUCGUCGACUGGUCUGACAACGACGAAAGCGACAUUACACCAGAUGAAAAAGUACAAAAUCGUUUACAAGAAGAAGUAAUCGAUGAGCACCCACAGGACGAGGUCCCAUUAGACUUUGAUCCAGACAAUAAUUGA